AUGAAACAACAACAAAAGCUAAUAGAAAUGAACGAGAGAAAAGAACACAUGAAAUCAUCAGUAAAAUUACCCAAACUAGACUUACUACCUUACGGUGGAGAUAAACUUAAGUGGUUGGAGUUUUGGGAUUCAUUUGAGUGUACAAUCCAUAAAAAUAAAAUGCUCUCAAACGUCGAGAAGUUUACAUAUCUAAGGAAUAAGUUGUACGGGGAAGCAAAACGGGCCAUAAUGGGUAUUGCCCUUACUGAAGAAAAUUAUGAUGUGGCAAUCGAAAUUCUGAAAGAUCGUUUUGGAAAUAUACAAGAAGUGAUUGACUUGCACUAUAACCAGAUGAUAAAUUUGUAUCCAGCAAGCAACAAAACAGAAAGUUUGAGAAUACUUUUGGACAAAGUCGAAAAAAAUCUUAGAAGUCUAGAAGUGCUUCAUCAAAAUAUCAGUCAGGACGUAUUUGUUUCAAUGAUACGUUCAAAGCUUCCUCAAGAUGUGUUGCUUCAACUAGAAAUUCAAAAAGGAACAGUGGAUAAGUGGACUGUCACAACCCUUAGAGACAAACUCAGAUGUUAUGUAACAGCUCGUGAGAAAGCAGAGAAAAAAUCAUCAAUAUCAGAUUCAAGUAGAAAUCGAUCAAAUGAGGAUUCUCUGAGUCGACAUACGCCGAAAGGGAGAGAUGGUCGCGGAAACAAGUUUCGAGAACCAAGUUUUUUACACAAUUCUGGAAAACUAGGUUCUGCCGAGGCUCUAGUUACUACCGAACAAAGGAAGUCAGUAAACACGAAGUUUAACAAAUGUCGAUAUUGUGAAAAGGGACACUGGAGUGACGAAUGUCCUACUUUUCGCACUAUUGAUGAAAGAAAAAAGAAGUUAAAGGGAAGGUAUAAUUUUGAAGUGAUUUAG